GUGAUUCACCAAAUGACCAAAAAAGCCCUGAAGAGGGGUCUGGGAAGAAAAAAGAGAAAAAGUCUGCAGCCUUGAACAUCAGAGGUGUUCUUUUGCAUGUUAUGGGAGAUGCACUUGGAUCUGUGAUUGUGGUAAUUGCUGCUACAAUCUUCCAUGUGCUUCCUCUGGAGAGUGCUCCGUGUAAUUGGCAGUGCUACAUCGAUCCAAGCCUGACAAUAAUUAUGGUGUUCAUCAUCUUGUCUUCUGCAUUCCCACUUAUCAAGGAGACCUCAAUUAUUUUGUUGCAGAUGGUUCCCAAAGGUGUUAAUAUGCAACUACUGACUGAGAGACUAGCUCGUGUUCCAGGGGUUAGCAGCCUUCAUGAGGUGCAUGUUUGGGAGCUUGCAGGUGGGAAGAAUAUUGCUACUCUUCAUAUCAAGUGCCAAACACCUAAAGAUUACCAAGAUGCUUCUUAUAAAAUUCGGAAGGUUUUCCACGAAGCAGGGAUCCACUCUGUGACCAUCCAGCCUGAGUACAUUGACCACAAGACCUCCCAGCUACUGUGCAGCUCACCCUGCAUCUCAAAAGCUUGUGACUCUCAGCUAUGCUGCAGCCAGCGGGAGCCCCACCUGGCUAAAAGUAAUGGCUAUACUGAGAAAAAUGAGAAUUGCCUUUCUGCACUGCCUAAAGACAAUGGUUCAAGUAAAAACGAUAUUGAAAUCCCCAUCGAGCAUCCGCUGGCGGAGGAUAGUGUUAAAAACGUGAAAAAUUGUGACGUGUCUGCUAGCAAAUCACAGUUGGGCAGUACACGACUUUAG